AUGUCGCACAAACAAUUUAAAUCCGAUGGAAACAUCGUUGCUCAGUAUCUAUUCGGACUAGCCAGAAGUAAUCCGGGUCUUACGGUAAUUAAACAUGAUCGUGUUAUUUUCCGUACUGCAUCCGCUCCAGACUCAGGAAAUGCCCCGAAGGUAACAUUGGUAUCCGGCGGUGGUAGUGGUCACGAGCCUACUCAUGCUGGAUUUGUCGGUGAAGGUGCCUUGGAUGCAGCUGCUGCAGGAGCAAUAUUUGCUUCGCCUUCCACUAAACAGAUUUUUUCUGCUCUUAAGGCUGUUGAGUCUCCUAAGGGUACCUUGAUUAUUGUGAAAAAUUAUACCGGUGAUAUUAUUCAUUUUGGUUUGGCCGCGGAAAGGGCCAAAGCGGCUGGCAUGAAUAUAGAACUAGUUGCAGUUGGGGAUGAUGUGUCGGUUGGAAAAAGUAAAGGGUCUUUGGUUGGCCGUCGUGGUUUAGGAGCCACUGCACUUGUUCAUAAGAUUGCCGGCGCUGCAGCUUCCCAUGGACUUGAUUUAUCUGAGGUUGCCAAAGUUGCUCAGUCGGUUGUCGACAAUAGCGUUACAAUUAAUGCAUCUCUUGAUCACUGCAGUGUCCCUGGACACAAAUCCGAGAAUAUCUUGGGAGAUGAUGAGUAUGAGAUUGGUAUGGGUAUUCACAAUGAGUCUGGUACCCAAAAAUCUUCUCCAUUGCCUUCAAUUCCUGAACUUGUUGCUCAAUUGCUACCCCUACUUCUUGGGGAGGAUGAGGACCGUUCUUAUGUGAAGUUUGAUUCCAAGGAUGACGUAGUUCUCAUGGUGAACAAUAUGGGUGGCAUGUCAAAUCUAGAAUUGGGUUAUGCCACAGAAGUCAUCUCAGAACAAUUGAUUGAAAAGUACCACAUUAUUCCUAAGAGAACAAUCACUGGUGCUUUUGUGACUGCUUUGAACGGACCCGGAUUUGGUAUUACUCUAUUGAACGCAUCGAAAGCUGGCUCGCAUAUUAUCCAAUACUUUGACUACCCCACCACAGCAAGCGGAUGGAAUCAAACUUAUCACGCAGCUGAAGACUGGAAAGUUCUUGCUGACGGAAAAGUUCCUACUGCUCCUUCUAUAGAAACAGUGAAGAACAAAAAAAGUUCAGGCGUGACGGCAGACUAUGAUACUUUUGCCAAAAUUUUACUUGCCGGAAUUGCGAGGAUCAACGAGGUUGAGCCAAAAGUCACCUGGUAUGAUACCAUUGCAGGAGAUGGUGAUUGUGGAACAACUCUUGUUUCUGGUGGUAAGGCGUUGACCGAAGCUAUUGAAAAUCAUUCGUUGCGUCUCGAUGAUGCUGCUCGUGGUAUUGAGGACGUUGCACAUAUAGUUGAAGACUCAAUGGGUGGCACUUCUGGAGGUCUGUACUCAAUCUACCUUUCAGCUCUUGCAAAAGGUGUCGAUGAUUCGGGAGACAAGAAACUUACUGUGGAAACGUUUAAGGAAGCCUCCCAAUUUGCUUUAGAAGCUCUGUAUAAGUACACCAGAGCACGUCCUGGUUAUAGGACAUUGAUUGAUGCUCUUCAACCUUUUGUUGAAACGUUGAAUGCCGGAAAGGGCCCUAGAGCAGCUGCUCAAGCUGCUAUUGAAGGCGCAGAGAAGACUAGAAAGAUGGAUGCUCUUGUGGGGCGUGCCUCAUACGUGGCUAAGGAAGAGUUGAGUAAACUUGAUGGAGAGGGUGGAUUGCCUGACCCUGGGGCCAUCGGUCUCGCUGCUUUGCUUGAUGGUUUGGUUGGAGCUGCUGGGUACUAA